UGCCAGCCUAAUCGCCCUGUCCUCGUCUUUCCUGCAAUUGUUGUAUCGCUCUCUCUCUGUCCUUGUCCCGGAGUUUCCUACUUUUUCCGCAACUGUCGCUGAAGUCAAUUCGGAAUUCUGUUCUGACUUCUGCGCACCCUUAACUAUGUUCACUAACUACCUCGUGACAAUCGAUAAAGCCUUAUCACACGUGACGGUGGAAAUGCGUACUAAAGACUGAACACAUUCACUACUUCAGGGUGCUUCAGGGAUUCGUCUGCAAUGGUAAGGAAGUUGAUGUAAGUAGCUGCUGGUAGUCGCGGUGAUAUGUUCGCGUACUCGCUAGACUUCACAUUAGUUCUCAUUGUUUGAUCCCGUGUCGAUGAGAUUUGAGGAAGACCGCAAAGAGAACGUAGCUCGUGUCACCCGUAAACAGAGAAGAACUCGCGAAAAAUGACGGGUGCAAGUAGCGCAGGCAGCAUGACCGGUGGUGCGCUACCAAAAUGGCAACUCGCUCUGGCUGUUGGAGCGCCGGUUGCGUUAGGCCUCGGUUACAUGUAUUACAAGAAUAGCAGUAAACCGUCGUCCAAGUCCAAUCGAGGUAAAUCAAAAACCAAUUCGAAAGAAAACGGCACGUCGUCUGCUGACAAACAGAUCUCGAUCGACGGUGAUUGUCCGCCGAAGAACGCGACUGACUUGGAAAGCGAGACAUUAUUGGAGAAAGCUCAGAGAUUAAAAAAUGAGGGAAACAAUCUUUUCAAACUUGGGAAGUACAACGAAGCAAUAAAGCUAUACAACGAUGCGAUCUACGCCUGUCCUAAAGAAAACACCGAUGCUCUUGCUACUUUUUAUCAAAAUAGAGCUGCUGCCUAUGAACAACUGAAAGAGUACAAUGUAGUAAAAUUAGAUUGUACAAAAGCUUUAGAAUUAAAACCGAGGUAUACAAAAGCAUUAUUACGUAGAGCACGAGCAUUGGAACAAUGCUGUGAACUAGAGGCAGCUUUAGAAGAUGUUACAGCUGCUUGUAUUUUGGGAGGCUUUUCUGAUCGAAUGGCAUUGGAAAUGGCAGACAGGGUCUUGAAACGAUUAGGUAGACAGUGUGCAAUGGAAUACAUGCAAACCAAGAAGUACUCUAUGCCUAGUAAACAUUUUAUUAAACAUUAUAUCAAUAGUUUCCAUAAGGAUCCUGUUUUCAUGAUGCUUCAAGAUGAAGACAACAGUAAUAUACCUCUAAAUUUCGCAAAAAUUUUAAAAUGUGUAAAGGAUCAGAAAUAUGACGAUGUGAUACCACUUUGUACAGAAGAAAUUAAUAGUUCCGAGCCAGAUGCAUUGCCACACAAAAUGGAAGCAUUACUUUUACGGGCUACAUUUUAUCUUUUACAAGGGAAUCAUGACGCCGCGAUAGAAGACUUUGAAACAAUUAUAAAUAGCGAUGAUAUUAAGAAAAAUAUAAAAGUAAAUGCUUUAGUUAAAAGAGCUACUUUAUACAUGCAACUAGAAACUCCAGAGAAGAGUUUCCAUGAUUUUGAAAUAGCUGCUAAUCUUGAUCCUGAUUGUAGCGAUAUUUAUUCGCACAAAGCCCAGGUAAAUUUACUUAUGGAAAAAAUCGAUGAAGCCAAAGAAGACUUAAGGAAAGCUGUUGAUCUCAAUCCGAACUUUGGAGUAGGAUAUGUACAAAAAUGCUAUGCAGACUAUCAUUAUGGCAUGAUCAAGAGAGACAUGGACAUAGUAGGAAAAGCCAUGCAAGGUUUUGAAAUGGCUUUUGAAAAAUUCCCUGACUGCCCUGAUUGUUACAUUAUGUAUGCACAGGUAUUAUCAGAAUCCCAAGAAUUUGAAAAAGCGGAUACUUACUUUGCUAAGGCAGUGGGGAAAGAUCCAAAUAAUGCUACGACCUAUGUACAUAGAGGUUUGCUACAAUUGAAAUGGAAUGGCGAUAUCGAUAAAGCCCUCGAAUAUAUUAACAAAGCUAUAGAAUUAGAUGAUAAAUGUGAAUUUGGGUUAGAAACCUUAGCAACGAUUGAAGUUCAGAGAGGAAAUCUUGAAGAAGCAAUAGCAUUAUUUGAUAAAGCCUUAGCGCUAAGUCGCACCACCUCGGAGCUUGUACAUAUAUUCAGUCUAAGAUAUGCCGCGAAAACGCAGCUUACAUUAAAGGAUAAACUAGGGACGGAUAUGCUAUUAAAUUUACGAGGUGUUUCAUAAAAUAAAUUUUCGUAAAACUGCAUUGAUUGAAGUUGAAAUUUUAAAUAAAGGAUACGCAUGGUUACCAGAAUUAAAAAAUGAAGUUUCAUAUCUAUGAUAUGACCUGUAAACGUAAUUUUAUACAAGAUUUUAAUAGAAAUUUCAAGAUGUCACGCUCGAUAAUUGUUUUCACACGUGUGCUAACGUUUGGCUAAAUUAGAAGUACACAUUUGAAACUAAUUGCCGUUAUCUUACGACUAUUUCGUCUCAGUAUUUCUUUUUUUUUUUUUGAUAAAUUUAGCUGAAGCAACUUUUAAAAACUGCAUUUACUUAAUAUUUAGUUUGUUCUAAUUAGAUGUAAGGUUUUACACAGAUAUGGCAUUUGUUAUCAAUUUAAUUAUUCGUGAAAUUCCUACUUACAACAUUUAUUAUUUAUCUGUGUUGUAAAUUAUCAUGUUAAAUACAUUUAGAUUAUUUAAGCGCGCUUAAAAUUAUUUGUCACAUUUAAGAAAGUAUACGAUGCAAGAAGUGCAUAAGUAUUUUCAAACGCAGAGACUUAAAAAAGAAACAAGUAAUUACACUUUGUAAUAGUUUAUUAAUAGUUGUAACUGUGAGUCUGAAACUGUAUUUUAUAUUACUUUGUAUAUAAAACAUUUUUAAUCAGAAUAUGUAAAAUUCUUACAUAUAAAUAUUAAUGUUACUGUUAUAUUAUUUUUUAAAUGAUA